ACGGUGCUCUAAGAAGUCCGGAAGAAUUGCAUUCACAGUUUGCAGGUUGAGGCUGUAUUUUCCUCUUAGUGAAUGUUUGAGAAAUGUUUUUUUAUUGAGAUGACAGCUGCAGACAGUUGUUCUGUGAAGUGUCUGAAGUGCAUUAAAGUGCUGUUGUCCAGUCCGUCAGAGCUGAAGAACUGAGGGGGUUUCGCUGACCAGUUGUAAGGAGACUGGACAAACUGAAAGAUUCGGAGAUUUGCAUGACGCUGCAGAAGUGAGAGUAAAGGCAGUUCAGAGGAACCGCAUUUCUGUUCUUACGUGUAUAUUUUACCAGCAAACUGACAGGUCGAUUUUGCUUUUGAGCGGGGUGCUGACUUCUGCGGUGCCCUAUGAAGCCCAGUGUCCAGCAGGCGGACCCGUGACUGACCGAGCUGGUAGUGACUGACCGUGAAACUGAGUUUUCGAGGCACGUUAAGCUCAGGAAUGGGAGAUGGCUGUAUCUGAGACUCAGCUGAUGUUGAGUGUGGGACUCAUUGAAAAGGACAUGAAUGGAGACACACUGUGGGUGUGGUGUUACCCAUCUGUCAGCACAGAGCUGCGAGAAGUUCUCCUGCGAAAAUGUUGCUUGACAUCAGACAGCGCAGUGCUGCACGCGUUUGUGUUUGGGCAGUACUGCCGGACAUGGUACUAUGUCAGUACGGUGGAUGUCCAAGAGCCCACUGUUCUCAAGAAAGUUACACAUUUUUCUAUAGUUAUUACAGCCAAGGAUUUCAACCCUGAAAAGUACGCUGCAUUCAGUCGAGUUCUUUGCAGGAUGUACAUCAAACAUGGCAAUCCAGUAAAGAUGAUGGAGGGUUACAUUGCUGUCCUAACUAAAGGCAUCUGCCAAAGUGAUGAGAAUGGCUCCUUCCUCAUCAAGGAUUAUGAUGUCAGAAAAGCCUAUUUGGCUGGAUCCAUAAAAGAUGUGGUUUCUCAGUUUGGUAUGGAGACCAUCAUCCUGUACACAGCGCUGAUGUUGAAGAAAAGGAUUGUGAUCUACCACCCUCGUGUUGAGGCUUUGCUGGAGUUCACAAGAGCACUUCCAGCCCUGACAUGGCACCGGAAAGACUGGUCUAUUCUACACCCAUACGUUCAUCUGGAGGACAGAGAGCUUGAGAACCUCAGAAUGUGUACAGGAUAUGUUGCAGGAUUUGUGGAUCCUGAGGUGACCAACAGAUCAGAUCUCUUUGAGGUUUUUGUGAAUCUUCCAGACAGUGAAAUCACCAUAUCUCAACAUGCCAAAGAGGCAAUGGCUAUGGGAAAACUGCAUAAAGAGAUCGGCCACUUUAUCGUCCAGUCUGCAGAGGACAACGAUCGCACAGAUGUACAAGUUAUCAAGGACAUUUCAAUGAAGACCAAGGAAAUCCUCAGUAACUUGGUGUCUCUUGCCAAGGAAGGGGAGGACGCAAAGUUGACUUUGGAGGCACUGAAGCAACGUCAUUUCCCCCCAGCAACUGAGAACUUUCUCUUCCACUUAGCUGCAGCUGAGCAGCUCCUGAAGAUCUAAUGAAUGAGAGCCCUCCAUGAACCACUCGGAUGCUUCAAAGUUAUUGCAAAGUUAUUGACCAUGUGAUUUACUAAUCCUAACACAGUUGCCAAGCCGAAUUUACAGAGAAUUUUAUAGAGAUUUUAUGACAUAACAUUCUAGGACAUAGCUGGUGCUAGUCACAUUCAGGCAAGAAUAUUAUGCAGCUGUUCCCGUUCUGUGACCAAGACUGCCCAUGUGUUUUACUUUAUUUUUUCAGAGAUACUAAGAUAUUAAUGGCAUAUACAGGUGUGAAUCGGUUAGUUAUCAAAUUAAGUUGGCACUUUUGAUAUUUGAGCUUGAAAGCAGUCUAGAUGGAACACGCAUUCCAAUAAGCAAUCCAUCAGACUGCUGUGAAAAUGAAGAUUUCAAACUUUCGUGUUUACUUUCAUUUGUCAAUGAUCUGCACAAAGCUAAGAAAAGCCUUACGGUUGCCUUUCUUAUGCCUUACAACGAAUAAAAGCAUUAUUAACCAAAUUAUUCAAAAUUCUAUAUUGCUUAUGAUAUACAAGUGUUAAGAUUUGAUUUGUUUCUUUAAGCACUUUUCCCCUUGUGAUCCAUGCUUUAAACAGUCCUCUACAGAAAUAUUAGGAGUACUAUGUUAAGUGACAUGAUAUUGUAUCUGAAAACAUCUGAAUUACACAGUAUGUAUUUUUCAAAUGUACAGGUGAACUCUUAUUUUAUGCCAUCUUAUUUCCCCUGCUAAGAAUUAUAUACACCAGAUCACUAUAUAUUUGAAAAGAGUUCUAGUGUAAAGACUUAAAAAUGAACUUGAGUUGAAUUGACACUGAAGUGAUGGCGAUAUGAAUGAGUCAACAAUGUGCACAUAACAGCAAUAGCAACAUUAUUUUUGUUAACAAUGCUCUGUUCUGUUUAGCUUUAAAAAAAAACAAUUAAAUCAAAACUUUCAAGUU